UUUUCGCUUCUUCUAUAUUACCUCAUUUUUAUUUUCCACUUUCUCUCUUCCCCUCCUCGACUCCUCCAGAACCAGAAAAAACAGAGCCAGAAGAACUCUUUUGAUUCUGUUUUCGCAUUGGUUUUCCCGGCCACCCAUCCUUGUACACACCGCCGCAGGUUCAAACCUCCUCAUCUUCUUCUUUCUCCUCAGGGUUUCACUUUUUAUGUUAAAUCUCUGCGGCAAAGUUUCUGUCGCAGCUGUUUGACUUGUGUGGGACUACAUUAUUUUGCCGCAGAGAUCUCAGAAGGGUUCGGACUCUUCUGGGUCAGAGCCGUUUGCUGGUUUUUUCUGUUUCUUUAAGGGGAAGGCAUCGGCUUUGGAUUAGGUGGAAUACAUGGGGUGUCUCGACUUCCUUUUGUAAGACGCCAUUGAUUCUGGUGUAAAGCAAAGACUGGUUUUUUUUGUGUGUGUGUGUGUCGUAUGUCAGAAAAACACGUGGCUGCUGGCGUGAUAUGCCGGGGUUCGGUGAAUUAAAGAACAGUGUCUUGUUGUUGUUGUUGUUGUUGGUGUGUGCUGUGAGAAGGGGUGUGUCUCAAUUGGGUGGAAUUUGAAGCAGAUCUUCGAGGGAAUUGGAGAGGUGUGAGAAGAUGAUGAGAAUGAAGAACAAGACGAGUUCAGGGGUGGAAGUGUCAAUGUCUAGUAUGAAUGGUGGGAACGAGUCUGGGCCGGGGGAGUGGGAGGUCAGGCCCGGAGGAAUGUUGGUCCAGAAACGGAAUCCGGACUCUGAUCGGAACUUGGCGCCACCGCCGACAAUUCGGGUCCGGGUCAAGCACGGGUCUGUUUACCAUGAAAUCAGUAUUGGCGCCCAAGCUUCGUUUGGGGACUUGAAGAAAAUGCUGGUCGGACCGACGGGUUUGCACCACCUGGAUAUGAAGCUGAUAUUCAAAGACAAGGAGAGGGAUUCCAAGGCGUUUCUUGACAUUUCCGGGGUGAAAGACCGAUCAAAGAUGGUGUGUGUUGAAGACCCUCUUAGCCAAGAAAAGCGGUAUCUUGAGAUGAGGCGCAAUGCCAAAAUGGAGAAGGCAUCAAAGUCCGUCUCCGAAAUCAGCUUGGAAGUAGACCGGCUCGCCGGUCAGGUGUCUGCUCUUGAAACAAUUAUUACUAAAGGUGCAAAAGUUGCAGAACAGGAUGUGCUUAAAGUGAUCGAGCAGUUGAUGAAUCAGUUGCUUAAAUUAGACGGAAUUAUGGGGGAUGGAGAUGUGAAGUUGCAAAGGAAAAUGCAGGUGAAACGAGUUCAGAAGUAUGUUGAAACUCUGGAUGUUUUGAAAGUUAAAAACUCCAUGCCUAGUAGCAAUGGGGAUCAUAUUCCAAAGCAAGCUCAUAGUCAUAGACAAAAUCAUUCCAACGGCAAUGGGCGUAUCCUAACACCAAUUCAAGAGCAGCAACCAAGGAAUUCACUUGGGAAUUUACCUACACAUCAGCAGCAAGGGCAAAAGCAAUUACAACAACAACAACCAUCCAGGCAUUCUACAUCAGGGCCAAUCGUUACCACGCAGUGGGAGACUUUUGAUAAUAUGCCGCCAUUGAUCCCAAUCUCGUCAACAUCUACAUCAACAACCUCAGCAGCCAAUGGUUCUGCCUACCCUAAAUUUAAUUGGGAGUCAUUCGAGUAAGCCGUAUACCUAUUGUUUGUGUUUGAGUGUGUGUGUCUGUGGAUGUGCUUUGAUAUUGUAUCCUAAAUGGUUUGCCUUCCCUUCUACAUUCUUUUCUGUACUUAGAAAAUGUUUUCGACCCCUUUUACUCUCUGUCAUUCAGUUCACCAGAAAUAAAUGGGGUUACUCCAAUAGUGAUUAUUAAUAUCAAUAUUGUUCUUUUUUCUUUGAA